UUAAGCAGAGGUGUGUGUACCAUGCUCACCUCCCUGGGAUGUGCCAAGGCAGACCUUAGGGAAGUAAAGGUGAUCUCAUCCCCUUUCUUGAAUAAGCACUUUGAAACUCUAGACUUAGUCUUUUUUUCCAAAAAUAUUUCAAUCACAAUUUGUAACUCUACAGACAUCUGCAAGUAGCCACAUAUAAUAUUUUUCUUCUUUCAGUUUAUAUGUUUGUAGGUAACUCUCCUGCUGUUGCACUUUUACGGGAGAUCUUCAUGAGCCGCAGAAACAAAGGGUGAUUCAGCUACAGACACAGAAAGGAGAAAAUACACAUUGUUCUAGUGCAAGCUGUGUGCAGUGGCAUCCACAGAGACUUUGGAAGAUGAACUCUUCCUUGGCUGAUACGAUCCUUAUUAUUCAUUCCUGUUUAUACCAAGCUUCAGUAAUUUUUUGUUAAGAUAAUACCUAUUAUGGUGGGACCCAGAGCUCCUCUGGGGUCCUGAGGUACUGCUGCAAUAGAGUUAAUAGUGAUGGAUGUUCCUCUUUAAAGGAGUAGAGAAAUAAGGUUCAGUUUUUAAUAUGACAGCUUGAUAGUUCACUGAAAAAGAACAGUUCUACAAUUUCAGGUCAGCUUUGCUUAUCUUUACAAUGUAUUUGCUUUCAUUGUCACAGCUGCGUUCUGUUGCCAUAGAUUUUGUGUGCUGGAGGCUCUGUCUCUGGGCACAGAUGUUACUGAGAGUUUGGGAGCCUGUUCUUCCUCACUCUGUUUUGAACAAUUCAGUUUGCUCUAGGUGAAGCUGCCAGGGCUGAAGCACUUUACUGCCCACUGCCCAGGAUAGCUGGGAACUGACAUUUCCUACAUAUCCUUGUACUGUUUGCCUGCUGUUCUUCAUUGUGCCUUAUUAUGUUAGUGCCAUUGUGGUUGUGAUGGAGUCUUCCAGGGGUGGGGAGGGGUGAACAAUCACACAGAGUGCAACAGGCUUGACAUGGCCUGUAAACGUAAGAAAAGUGCACCAUGUUCAGAAAACCAGAGUAUGGAAAUCUGUGGUGAAAGAGUGUGCCUUAAUUCAUAAAUAUGACAAAGAAAACUUACAGGUAUGAAGUCAAACUGACUUUUUUUUUUUUUUUAAAGCAUUUGUCUGUGAAAAAAUUAUAUAUUAAGUGUAGGUUUUUUGCUGUCAAAGGGUGGAGAUUUUAUUGUUUAUGAGACUUGGGAGUGCUGUAGCUGCUGUAGAGCCAAUAGCAAGUAUGACCUAUUUGGAAAAAACCACAACUGGCUGCUGAUUAACUUUUAAGUGUUUUCCUAGUGGUUCACUUAUACUGUGGAAUUAAAAUAAUGCUUAGGAAACAAAUAAGGGUUCUUUAAGGCUCGGUGGAAGCAUAUUAACUAGUUAAUCCUGGUCAAUGCACAGUGAAGAACAUUAUCCCAAGCUGCAAAUGAGGAUAUGGGAAGUGACUCUUGGACCACUGUUGAUGUGAGUCACUGUCACAGUCAAGAUCACAGGCCAGGGUUUUGGCUUGCGCUUCUGAAAUUCACUGUGGAUUUUUUUAUUAAGCUGUAUUGGGUCUGAUCCUCUUAAGGAUGCUGUGAAUAGAGAGUCCCUGUAAUAGGUUAGUUGCAUAUUAACUUCAAAGUCUGGACACAUUCUUCAGUUGAUGGGUGUCAUGGAAAAAUGCCUGUAAAUGUUCUUUGUUCCUUGUCUUGCUUGUUAGGUUUUAUUGAUAUGUGAAGUUGAGGUUGGUAGGAACUGACAUUUCAGGAGUGUUUCUAAAGGGCAGCAAGAAAAUGUCACUUGUGUGGAUCCUCCCAGGCAGCACGUGGAGAGCCAGCCUUGCUUUUUUUGUCCUUUUGGGAGAACUCUGCAGCCUGCAUGGUCAGGGAUGCAUUUCAUUUGGGCAGCACCUGUGCAGGGCUUCCAGCAGCCAGGCUUGGCUUGGGAAAGGACCAAAGCUAGCCUUGCCUACAAGCACAGCACUGCUGUCAGCUCCUGCUCUGUGGGCUGUGCCCCACAGCCCUACAACCUUGUCAUUUUUACAGUUUCCCUUCCCAAAAGUGAGGUUUUUCCUGCCUAGGAAGGGAAUGCUUCUUGGAUGGGAUCACUGGAAUAGAGAUCCCUGCAGAUUCUUCCUCAUAUGGGUCGAGAAGGAAAAGAGCUUUAAACCAGUUGAUAGUUUUUAGCUGUAGUUUUUAGAGUUGUUGCUACCAGCAGAAAUUUGUCAGGCCCACGGAGACACAGUGAUGCUGUGUGGUGAAGGAUGUCUGAGUAAGGCACAGCCCUCAGAGGAAGUGCCUUGAUGGCCUCUGGGAGAGAGGGAGAUGGGCUGGUUUUGCAGUGUCAGGCCCAGUAACCAGUUGUGUUUGCCUGACUGGUUAAAUUCAUGUGCUCCCAUGAGCUGUGUUAAACACGCACCAGUUCCUGCCCAGCACAUAUUUCACAUGUUGUGAUUUGAUUUACCAGAAGAGCAGUAUUAAAGAGUGCCAUUAUUUUUGGUGUUUGUUUCAUUCUGUACUUACAAGUAUUAUUUAGGAAAAGGGCAAGUUUUUCUAGACAUGUUUUAACUUAAUUUUCCAUUGCUUAAAAGAAAUUACCAUAUUUUUGUCAGAUUUUUAAAAGGUGCGAAAGAGAAAUAUGUUCUAAAUUGUUGUUUGUUACCAAAUUUCAUUACUUUUAGUUAAAUUACAAAUUCCCUAUAGAAGCUAGGAAGAAAAGUGAGUCAUAUGUGUAGAAAAAAUAGUAAUAGAUUUCAGGUUGAUGUUUUUCUAAAUAUUAUGGAGUUUUAUUUCUGUGUUUGAGAAUGCCUCAUGUAACAAGAUUUGGGUUGACUUGAUGAGAAAAUUCCAGAAGUGAGCCUGGGAACUGAUUUAAAAUAAAAGGGAUAUAGUUGUUCCAAGAAGGGCUGGAGUUUUGCAAGCAGAUGCUGCUGUUCUGUUCCAUCUUUUCCUCUGUUGACUUCCUUGUGCAAUGGAGAAGUUGUGUAAAUAAAUGUGUAAUUUGGAUAUAAGAGCCUUCUCUGUAAGAGCCUUCUCUGUGUUUUGAAGGGGAAGCAAAAAUCAAUGCACUGGUCAUUUUUAUUCAGUCAUGGCAACUGAAUGUUAACCAUAAUGAGGAAAAUCAUGAUGGCUUUUCUUGUGGGACAGUGUCUGUUGUUUCUUUUAAAAUUGUGCUGGGGCACUUUGGGGAAUGCUUCUCCAGAGUCAGCAAACAGAAAACACAACUGCCUCCAGGAGCCUCUGUGUUGCUUACCAUGAGAGGCUUUCCUGGAUUGCUUGCUGUAAAAGCUUCUUGGGUUUCUAGAUGGAGGUUCAGAGGAUUCUCCUUUGGAGCUUCUCCAAUAUCAAGAGCCCUUUCCAUUGGGUUUAUGAAGACCUCAGUUUGCUCACAUCCAGGAAGUGGAUUUUAAUCAGUGUUUUCAUUCCAUCAUUGAGGAGCAGUUCACACUCAAAGGUCUGAGGUUUGGAUGUCUUGAUUUAACCCAGCUAGCAACUCAGGCAGCUGCUUGCUCACUCCACCACAAGCAGGAUGGGAGAGAGAAUCCCCAGAGGAAUAGUGACAAAACUCGUGGGUUGAGAUGAAGACAGUUCAGUAGAUAAAGCAAAAGAAGGAACUCAGCCACCCCUUCCCAUGGGCAGGUAGUUGUUUAGCCAUCUCCAGGAGGGCAGGGCUCCAUCACACAUAGCAGUGACUUGAGAAGACAAAUGCCAUCACUCCAAAGGUCCCCCCUGCUUUCUCCUUCUCCCUGCUUUACAUACUCAGCAUGAUGCCAUAUGGUCUGGGCUGUCCCUUGGGAUCAGCUGUGCCGGCUGUCUCCUCCCAGCUCCCUCACUGGUGAGGAGCUACAAGAAGCAGGAAAGGCUUUGGCUCUGUGCAAGCCCUGCUCAGCAAUAACCAAACCACCUCUAUCCUAUCAACACCUUUUCCAGCACAAACCCAAAAGGUACUAACCACCGUGAAGAAAACUAACCCUGCCCGAGCCAAAGGCAGCACAGGGUGUUGCUGAACAGAAACAGAAUUGCUUAACGAGGUUGGUGACUCAUUACACCCCACUUGAGUACAGCACAGAGAGGAUGCAUCAUGGUCACUAAUCUCCUCAGGAAUUGCUCCUUGGUGCAGCCUGGAAGGAGCAGAGGGUGGAGUUCAGCCUUGCAGUCAUCCUGAACUGAGGCUUGCCUACAGCUUUCAAGUUUGUCAUCUUCUUUCCACCCACUGUGUGAUGGAAGCUGGAGCAUCUCUCUCUAAAACUCGUAACAAAAAACACAGUGAAGAAUAAGCAACCUUUUUGUUUUUUGUAUUAGAAAUUUAUUUAUAUCCUGUUUUCACUGUCUUUACACCAAUGGUUGAAAGCAGUAUUUGGUCUGUGACUUUACAGGAGGUAAGUUGAUUUGUGUUUGUGUGUAUCAGCUUUGUUUGUCCUCUUUGGAAAUGCAGUAUCCUCCUUUUAAAAGCUAACCUAAGUUCACCAGCCACCUUCAGUAACAAGGAGGAGGAAUUUGGGAAAGAGGGAUCUGUUACUUUAUGACUGUAGAAACCGGGCAAUACUGAGGAGAAGGAAAUGGUUGUCAUAGUAAAUUUAGUGUUGUGGAGAGGAGGCAGGAAGCUGUGUGUUUACACCAGGGACAACUAGCAGGUCUGACUGGUUGCCUGAUGCCAGUUACUAAGUGCUGCCUCUGAUGUGAGUCCUGCUGUGACAGACCAGCUUUGUCAUUGUGAGCAUAUUUCAUAAAACUCUAAAUAUUUCACAGCCUAUGUAAAUAGUUUGCUGCAUGUGAAGAGCAUUGUUUGCUCUUUCUGUCUUUACUGUGUCCUGUUAGUUUUUAUGUAGACUUAGGUAGACUUAAGAGUUUCCUCCUGAGAAGGGAGGGAGUUUUACACUGCUGGACCUGGGGGGAGGAGCUGAAAAAGACAAACCAGCUUAUCGGGUAUACUGCCCUUUGUGGAGGAAGAGUAAAGGUGGUCCUGUGAGAACCUUUCAGCUGGACAUUCAGAGUUUGGUGAAUGAGCUAAAAACAUCUUCUAGCUAUUGACUGGAUGCCCAAGAGGGAAAACCGCAGGCUCCAAGAAGCAAGCAUGAGGCUGGAGCAGGAGAAUGAUGACCUUGCCCAUGAGCUUGUAACAAGCAAAAUUGCCUUACGGAAUGACCUGGACCAGGCUGAAGACAAAGCAGAUGUUUUGAACAAAGAACUUCUCCUGACCAAACAGAAGCUAGUGGAGACUGAGGAAGAGAAAAGGAAGCAGGAAGAGGAAACUGCUCAGCUGAAGGAGGUCUUCAGGAAGCAGCUGGAGAAGGCAGAAUCUGAGAUCAAGAAAACCACAGCCAUUAUUGCAGAGUAUAAACAGAUUUGUUCCCAACUGAGUACCAGGCUGGAAAAACAGCAAGCGGCCAGUAAAGAUGAGCUGGAAGUUGUGAAGGGUAAAGUGAUGGCCUGCAAACACUGCAGUGAGAUUUUCAGCAAGGAGGGGACACUGAAGGUGCCUGCUGUAAGCACGGACAACAAAGGCAUCGAAACAGAUGAUGAGAAGGAUGCACUGAAGAAGCAGCUGAGAGAGAUGGAGCUGGAGCUUGCACAGACCAAACUGCAGCUUGUGGAAGCCAAGUGCAAAAUUCAGGAGCUGGAGCACCAGAGAGGAGCCCUUAUGAAUGAAAUCCAAGCUGCCAAAAACUCUUGGUUUAGCAAAACCCUGAACUCUAUCAAAACGGCCACAGGCACGCAGGCAGCGCCGCAGCCGCAGCCGCCCCUGCCUCCCCGAGAGGGCAGCACAUAGUUCCAGCCACAGCCGGCUCAAGAGCACAAAGAACAACACAGCUGAAACCUUGGAGGAUUCUUCCAGUGGUCUCUCCUCCUGGGCAAAGGACAGUGAGGCAGGAGUGCAGGCUUGAAGUGAAAUUCUUCAGUGUUUUUCAUUCAUUUUCUGAUGUGGCCCUUUUCAAAGGGGUGGGAAAAAAAUAAGUCCUGGUUUAUGUUGAAUUCCUACUUCCCCCAUACUGCCUUGCUGAAAGCCACGUUCUGAUACCUUCAUACUUUUACACUUUAUUUUAUAUAACUAGAUGUUAAAUAAAUAUUUCAAAACUAGGUCUUUAAUACACAUCUAAUUUGAAAUUAUUUUUGUCUUGCAUAGAAGGUUUUUCUUCUUCUGGAGGAAGAGAAAGAAUGGCAAAUGUACAAUACUGCAGCAUAAUCUCUCCCUAGGAAGCACAGCGUAAGACAUUGAGGAUAACUUAGGCCCUGGGACCAUCUCAGAAUUUUAUCUCAGCACCUGCAUCCUGCAGAGAAGCACUUUUUGUAAAGCUUAGGCCAUAGCAAAGAUAGGCUUGUGCUCUCCUGGCUCAAUUGCUAUGAGCUUCCCUUACAACUUCUUCGUUUGGAUUGGUUUUUCUUCAGAAAUACAAGUAGUGCAGUUUUUGUAACACUGUUGUUUAAAGGCUGUUUACAUAGCCCAUCUGGAAUUUAACAUAAAGUUCCCUAAUUCUCUUUUUAAUUCAUGUUUAUAUUAAGAAUUCCAAGGAAUAAUUCCUUCCACUGGGAUAAAGGGAGAAUCGUUUUGACACUUAUUUGAUGUUUCUGCUGAGAAGCAGAGUGGAGACCUUGCAUGGUUUUGACCUUUUGUAAAUCCUGUGCAAUAAAGGGUAGGUUUUAUGAAUAAAAGUAAUGAAAGCCUUGCCCUGGGUCUAUAUUCAGAUUCCAAAUUUGACACAGAAAUGAGGUAUCAAAAAAAAAAAAACACCCAAGAGGCUUGUGCUGCACUGACGAAUAAAAUACCAUAGAAACAAGAUCUGUUUGCUAGAAGUGUUUGGUUAGGAAACACUUUGUUGGUAUUACUUAUUUUUAUAAAAACAAGCAUUUUCAAGUAGAAUACAAGCCCUAGACUUUCCUGUGGGGGUGGACUUCUCUGGUGAUUCCCAAACCUGUCUGGUUGUUUUAUAUCUUUUAAGGUAAGAAAGUUCAAAAGCAUUUGUUUUGACUAAACAUAAAGUGUUCAUAGAAAUACUUAUUUCAUGGAAAAUUAAACUAUUGCUUGAACUGAUGGAAUAUUUUUUUAAUUAUAUGUGUCAUGUCUGAAGAUGGUCUUGCAGGUAAAUGUCAUUGCUGGACUAAAUGUUGUGUAUUAAUUGUUUCAUUUACAAGAUUUUUCCAGGGACGCUAGUUCUGUUUUGAUCUUUUUUUUUUAAUUCUAAGGAAUGCCAUACAUUGUCGGUUUUGUACAAUAAAAUUUAAUAAUACCCAUCUUGUGCUUUCUUGUCAAGCAUAAUUGUGAAUUAUUUUCAACAGGGUAGUACAAAUUUAAUGUUACCAGUGCCAAAGGAAAAAUUCCAAAAGGCAGUCAGCUGAUAGAAGAGAUCAAAAUAUAAUCACCAUCCUGACACAAUUCUCUCUUCUAAGAAUAAGGGGUUAAAAAACUUUAAUAUUUUAAAAUGUACCUUCAAGAAGAGUGACUAUCUGGAAUUAUUAAUACAGCGAGAAACAAAAGGAGGAAAAACAGAUGGUAUUUCUUUUGCAAAUGUUAUCAAAGGUCUUUUUCCCUUGUCACUGUCUUGCUCAUAAUAUUUGCAUAAGUGUUUCCAUUCUCCCCGACUGACUAAGCCCAGUGUUAGUCAUUCACUUACCAGUUCUGCUUCACAUUCAGAAUGUGAAUCUGAAUUCAUAAUAAAUCUGAAGUGACAUUUAAGGAUACCUGGUGAACAUCUGAUUGUUGCAUUUGAGAGUACUGUGCCCAUGAGGAAAACUGGUUGUUUGACAAGUGUUUGAAUGUCUCAUUUCAUUUAGCUUAAAUCAUACAUACAAGUGGAUUUAAAACCAUGAUUGGAAAAGUUCAGUAAGAAUAAGUACAGAAAUGUGUUAGGCUGUGAUUCCCUGAGCAGAUGAGUUACGAGCUCACUCCUGCUCAUCCCUCCAACCCACCAUUGUACAGUCCUGUCCCUUGUCCUUGUUGUAGGAUGUACUGGAGAUAAUUAAAAGCAACAACAAAAAAAGCUGGGGGUGGAUUUAUCCCCCUACAGUUCAUCUUUUGUCAAGUGAAUGAGUUAAAUCACCUCUAAGGGUCCAAUGAGCAGAUCAUGGGACUGGGACUUCCCAAAUUCAUCAAAAAGGAACUGGUAAAUAAGGUAACCAUGUUUCACAGAAUGAGCUUUGACCCAGUGUUCAUUUUCUCAGUGUAGCUGGUUUCUGACUUUGAAAGUUGAGUUUCAGGAACAAAACCACAUUUGCUACCUGCCAGCCAUGAUGAUUUCAAACCCUUGUAAGGAUGGAAGCUGGCUUACCUCACCCAAAGGAAGUUUUGGAAAGCAGUGACCCUAAAGGCUGUAAACAAUUUCCACCUUCCAGCUGUAGAUCCAAGGUAGCAUUUGUAGCAAUGGCCUUUGGAAGAGUAAUAUUUAGGUGGAAGCUGCAUCUUCUCAGCAUUACUGAAAGAGUAAGAAAAUAACUUUAUGGCAUUAUCUUGAUGACUAUUCAGAAUGAAGGAAAGGAGCAGGACUCCAUGAUUAGACCAGGCAAGCUAAAACUCUAUCUGCUGACUAUAGAUGCUAUUAGGAAAUUUAGUUUCCUGCAAGAAAAGAGAUCUCUGUGUCACAGAACUACCUACAUGCUUAUCCUUUGUGGAUUUGUCAGGGACAGCUGGCUUAUUGCUCAGCUUUUCAUCAGGAAACGUCAUCAAGGUCUUACUGAAACUGUUGUUUCCAUGUGGCACUGCAACAGCUAACAUAGCUGUUAAGUCUGGAGUGAUCAGCCUUUUUUCCCUGAGGCUGUAGUAAACUAUGUGUUCAGAUCAAACUUUUAUUAAAAUUCAUUUGAAUUUUAUAAAUAUAUAUGUGGAACUAAAACCUAUUUUUAAAUUUUAUUGAGAUUGCACCAUUCUGAAAUAAAGUCUUUACUUUGAUUAGGAACAAGCCUCCAAAGAAUAUUUUUACUACAACUUUUAUCUUGUUGGACUAUAAUCUCUUCCUGAGAUGCCCAGUAUGGGGGGCAAAAAAAAAAGAAAAAAGUCCUUCUUUUCACUUUAAAACAUUGGUUUUCCUUUGACUGUAACACUUUACAGGCUAAAUGAAGCAAGGCUGAUUUAGUUAUGUGGUAUAUUUGUGAACUAGUCUUGUAUUAUCUUUGUGAAUCAAACUUAAUAUUCUAAAGUAAUAGGACUUACUCCACUUAGUUUAAGUUUCUAAAUGUACCUGGAGAGGAAUAAAAAGAAAAAAAUAUAAAAAAUACCAUGGAUGGAGAAGCCAAGAAACUGUGAAAUCCCUGAGGUGUGUCUGCAUUAGGGUUUGGCAGAAACAAUCUCAGGAAAGGUAAUCAGCCAUGUAAUCAGUACUGCCAGUGGUCAAACCCACCCUUGUCCUGAGCAUUAAUGAGGAUUUAAUUUGCUACAGCUGAGUUACAUUGCUACAACUAAGUUAAAGUGCUUACACAGGUAAGCAGUAUUUUUUUUUUCUUUGUUAGAUGUUUAAAAUUACUUCUCUUAGUUGGCCCUUGAAAUUUCUUUGAAGAUAAAUUAUCAUCUCUGCCACUGUGUUAAGAACAAUUUGAAAUAAAACCAGCUGUUUACAAGGGGAGAUGGAGAUAAAAAGUCAAGAAUUGCAAGAGUUCAGCCCCUUCACAAAGCAUGAACUAUCCCAUUGACUUCAUGGUCGUGAUGCUACUCAUUGACUAAACGUGGUAGUUUAGGAGUAAAUAAAAGUGCAUUUACUGGUACUAAAUUAUCAACAUUUGGGAGUCACAUGGCCAUGUUUUCUCCACAGGAUCAAGGUGGGGCUGUUCCUUUCCUUCUGUUAAGUAGCUGUAGUGAAAUCCAUGAAACUACUUGUAUGUGUGGGAGAACUAGAAUCAGGUGAUUUUCAUUUACUCAGAGGAUUUUCAUUUACUGUUAGACUCAGGGAUAAUUGGCAACUUCUGCACCAUCUCCUCUAAGCCUAAACACCCUUGGCUUUGAUAGCAGAAGCAUUCUUACCUUACAGUGCUGGUGUUCUUCCAGCUGCUCGAGAGAAAACCAUAGUAAGUGUCAUGAUUGAUUGAGUGUGAAGGGAGGGCAGAGAUGUUCCCCUCAGCUCUGAGGGAUUGCUGUGGCUGACAAGGACUCCCUGUCCCUGCUGGACCCUGCUGAGGGGGCUGCAAACACAGAAGUUAAAACUAACUCAUUUGUCUGCCUAUUGUGCCAAUAUCCUACUGGGAACUGUCCCAUUAACUCCUUCCAGGUAAUAACACUAAGGGAGACAUGAUGAAACACUCAAGUUUGGAUCUCUCAGGUGUUAGGGGAGGUGUAUGUCACAGCAGCUUUUAGAACUGAGCUAUCCAUACGUGGCUUUUGGGAAAUGCAAGGAAUUUGCAAUUGGAUAAAUAAUGCUCAGCAUUGACCAAGACGUUAUCCUUCCCAGGUCAGAAGUCUACACAGUUUAUUUCAGGAUUGUGACUUAACACAUACAGGUCAAUUCUCCAGGAAUACAGGGCUCUCAGUUUCUCCUGGGUCCCAAUGGCUUUGCUACUGAAUGUAUUUCAUGCUAUUUUUACCUGAAAAACAAAAAAAUGGGUACAGAAUUAGGAUAUUACUUUUUAUUAUUUUCUUAUCCAGUGUGACUUGCUUUUAUUUAACCUGUAAAGGAAUAUAUAUGUAUCUUUGGAGAACUAUAUCUUACAUAUAGAAUAAUAUAAAAGAAACAGAAUGACAAGGGGAUAAAUACAUCAAAAGGAUUUGGUAUCAUAAAUUUCAUUUGAUACCACCAGAAUCCUGGGCUGUACUAAUUUCCUUACAGUUUCUCUUAUUUCUGUAUUUUAUAUAAUACAUGGAUGGUACUACCAAUGCAAACCACAGCAGAUGUUCCCAGAUUUUUCUGCCUUUCAGUAAUUCCUGGGUUUGCAAUUCUGCUAUACCACCCUCAAAAGCUGUGCCAAGAGCUCUAUUGAGCUUUGGGAGCUCUUGCUUUCCCAUGGAAGAAGAUUCUCUGGCUUCUUUGAACUGGGAAAAGAUAACGUAUGAAUGCAGAAAAGUUUCCAAUCAAGCAUAAUCCAUCUCCCUCUGUGUCUGCCAUUAAGGUGGAUUUGCUCCAGCACACUGAAAACAGAGCAGCUCCAAAGCUCUGACUCCAUGACAAUUAAGUUUUCCAGAUUUGGGGUUGCCUUUUGAUCUGGGUGUGUCCCAAGUUCACAAAUCCUGAAGAGUUAGGAAAAAAAAAGAGCAUCAUACAGAGGUCACACUUCCAUCUGAGAACCAUUCAGUACUACCACUACUUGGGUAACACAUCCAUGUAUUAUAUAAAGUACAACAUGAAAAUAUAAGUGUAAUGCUUGUUAUUAAAAGUGCAAUUCAAUGUACCUGGUCACAACAAAUGUUUACUUUUUUAAUUGUUACAGAAAUGUUCAAAUCAGUACCUUGUUACCAUUGUGUGAACGAUGCCUUGUAAAAUAAAUGGAAAUGGAAAACAA